AUGAAAACGCUGACAAGCAAGAUUAACGCGACGCUGUUGGCAAUGGAGAACUCAUGUGCAAUAUCGCCAAUCGAGCGACGCAUGGCGAGAGCACAAGAAACGGCCCUAGCCCGAUUCAACGGUCUCCCAAAAGUGCACAAAGAGGGCGCUCCUCUCCGGUCAAUCGCAUCACUAAAGAGCACUCCAAACUACGGACUGGCAAAGUGGCUGUUCCAACGUCUCAAGUUUCCGACCUCCGAUUCGAACACCACAGUCAGCUCGUCAACGCAAUUCUUGGAGAAACUUAAAGGAGUAAGUCUCCUGCCAAGCGAUAUCAUGGUUUCCUUUGAUGUCACGUCGCUUUUUACUUCUAUCCAGCGGUACCUGGCAGUCGAGACCAUCGAACUACUCCUACGAGAGAAAUACGACGAAACGGAGAAUCGCCUCGGACACGCCCAAAUCAUCCAGCUGCUAAAGUUCUGUCUCAAGACGUACUUUACGUUCGACGGAACAAUCUACGAGCAGGUGAAGGGAACGCCAAUUGGUUUGCCGAUUUCGGGACUCAUAGCCGAGGCGGUCCUACAACGGCUGGAGUCGCUGGUUUUCCGACACCACAGACCGAAAUUCUGGGCUCGGUAUGUGGAUGACACCUUCGUCGUCAUCGAACGGGAUCAGGUGCUGACUUUCAAAGAACAACUCAACGCCGUCUUCCCGGACAUCCAAUUUACGAUGGAGGAGGAGGAAAACAAUCAGCUGGCCUUCCUGGAUGUCCUCGUCUGCCGCAAAGAUUGUGGUGGCCUAAAAACCAAAGUGUUCAGGAAAGCGACAAAUACGACGCAAAUACUGAACUUCAAUAGCAACCACCCUAUCAGUCACAAACGCAAUUGCGUAAGGGCGCUAUACCGGCGUGUUGAGACGCACUGCAGUGAAACGGAAGACAAGGUUGCUGAAUUACAAUAUCUUCGACGAGUAAUGAGAGCCAAUGGCUACCCGCGCAACUUUGUCAACUAG